UUAACUAGGGACUCUCCUCAGUAUGUCCUGAGAAGAUAUCAUUAUUCAGAAGGUAGCAAUAGUGAUGAGUUCAAGAAGAGGUUUGAUUCCAGGCUGAAUUUCACAUCUAGCUCUGUAGAGUGUUUGUCACAGGAUUCUCAAUGUUUGACAAAGCACAAAAAGAGGAGGAGACAAGGAUUUCAUCGUGUCAUCAUGGCCUAGCUAUAUCAGAGCGGUUUUACUCUUCUCCCAUUGAUCUCACAGUAGCAGACAUGGGACCCUGGCUGAGAAAUGUAUUAAUUCUUGCUGCAUGUUGUUAUGGUAAGAUAUUAUUUUCCUAAUUCAUUUACUGCCUUUGUUCCAAUCACUUUCUUUUUUCAAAUAUAUUUCUCAGUAUAAUACUACCAGUAUUAAAUUCCUACGUUUUUAUUCCCUCUAUCAUGUUGCUUGAUUAUUUUCUCCCUAAUACAAAUCGUGUAUUACAUUAUUUUCCAGAAUGCAGAGGAGAAGACUCAGUCAUUCAGUCAGCAGGAGAUGUGACCACUACUGAAGGAGAACAGGUCAUACUUGGCUGUACAUUUUAUGCAGUUGAUACUUCAAAUCUCUACCUGUUCUGGUACAAGCAUGAAUUAAAUGGCUUCCCAAAGUUCAUGCUGGGUCGUUUUCCAUUUGGAGGUAAAAAUGCCACUGAGUUCAAGGAGAGAUUUGAUGCCCAUCUAGAUAAAGACUCCAAAUCAGUCCCCUUGACGAUCCAGAGGGUGCAGCUGUCUGACUCUGCUGUGUACUACUGUGCUCUGAAGCCCACUGUGACAACAGGAUAUACAGCCCCCUUACAAAAACUAUUUGAUAGUGUAAUAUAAGACUCUUAAAGAGCCUAGUGUAAGCUCCUCCUCAAAACUUCCUAUAAGACAGAGUGAAAGCAUUCAAAGACACAUACAAGUGUGUUUGCUCUCUCCUCACCUACCCAUCUCACAGUAGACAUGGAAUCUUGGCUGAAGAAUAUUCUGAUUCUUUCUGCAUUUUGUUGGGGUAUGUUAACUAUUAUUUUAUUUGCUUACUGCCAUUGCUUUAAUUAUCCCUUUAUGUUGUCAUGAAAAAUAGAGAAAGUUGCUCACUCUAUAUGCUCCAAAUUAUUUAAUUGGUAUAAAUCUUCAAAAACACCCUUUCUAUUUUAAACGUCUUUCUCCAGAAUGCAGAGGAGACAGUGUGUCACAGCCAAAACAAGAUGAGACUGCUAUCGAAGGAGGACAAAUAACACUUGCGUGUCAUUAUGAAACAGACGAUCCAAGUCCAUAUCUAUUCUGGUACAAACAGGCAACAAACGACUACCCCAAGUAUAUGCUUAUGCGGUUCAAUUUUGGAACUGGGGACAAUGCUACUGACUUCAAGGAGAGAUUUCAUGCCGAUCUAGAUGCCAACUCCAAAUCAGUUCCCUUGACUAUCCAGAGGGUGCAGCUGUCUGACUCUGCUGUGUACUACUGUGCUCUGAGGCCCACUGUGACAACAGGAUAUACAGCCCCCUUACAAAAACAUACUGAGCUACACAAUGACAAUACACCUGUCUGGACAGUAUACCACACCACUUUGAAAUUGACACUGUAACCUUCUCACUACCUCCCUGAUAAUACCAAGACUAGUGGUAGCAGAUGUUGAUAAUCACAGUGAUGAUGAUGAUGAUGAUGAUGAUGAUUAUACAGUAAGUCAUUUUUUAUGCCAAUAAAGCUACCUCUUCCAAUGCAGAUCUAAAUGUCAGCCUAGUCUCAUAGACUAGACGUAACAUAGUAAAUAUACAUCCGGGACACUCAAAUUAGCAUGAAAUGUUAUGUUUGGUAUGGUUACAUAAGACAGAAACUUAAGGCAAAUCCUUAACCGUUUUAGCUAACUCUUCCCCUAAUCCUAACAUGAACCCUUUAACCUAACUCCUAACCCUAACCCCUAGCCUAGCUAACAUUAGCCAACUAACUAACAAUAGUGUUAGCCACCUAGUCACCUAGCUAACAUCAGCCACAACAUAUUGGAAUUCGUAACAUAUCAUAUGAUUUGAAAAUCAUAACAUAUUGUAUGUUUUGCAAAUUUGUAACAUAUUGUACGUUUUGCAAAUUCGUAGCAUAUUAAUCGAAUUGUAAUUCGUAACAUAUCAUUCAAAAUGGAUGAUGGACAUCUACAAAUGACUACAUACCAUACGAAAUGUAACAUAUCAUACUAAAACGAGUGUCUCGGAUUUACUUACAGGAUAAUACAAAAUGCUCUGAGACCAGUUUGUAAAUGUAAAUGUAAGAGACAAUAAAAUGCCAUUACAAUAUCUCAUGGAUUAGAAAAUAGACCAUUGUUUUAUUUUUUGAAUUGGCCUAGUAGUCUUACUUAGAUGAAUGUAGAAAAAGCAAUACUCAGUUUUGUGUACAUAGUAAUGGAAAAGCCAGCAUCAACCACAAGGGGGACAUAGUACCAAGUGAGUGUUGCUUUCUACUCUGAAAUGACUUGUCUAUUUGAACAUCCCCUCUGUUCUGUGCUGCAUGGUCUAGGCCUGUGCUGCCACAAAGACAGGAAACAAGAGAACACACCAGUUUCUAUAUUGUAACAUCAGUUUGUCUUGGUCUUUGUAUCCUAUGAUAAGUAUGGGACAUUGGCUGUGUACCUUUGUUGUUCUUGCUGCACUUCUCUUUGGUAGGAUACGGCUCUCAUUAUCUUUUUCUCAAUACCCUAUUGUUACUGGAAUCCUGACAUGUUGUGACCAUGGGACUUUAAGGUUCUAUCUGUGCAAAGCAAAGUAAUUGAGCAUCAAAGUUUUCACAUCCGAGAUCUCAGAACUGUUUUGUAGUGAAUUCUUCUUUCAUAACCCAUUAACGUUAUCACCUUAAAGCAGUGGAGGCUGCUGAAGGGAGGAGGCUCAUAGUAAUGGCUGGAAUGGAGUCAAUGGAAUGGUAUCAACCACAUGGAAACCCUGUUUGAUACCAUUCCAUUGACUCCAUUCCAGCAAUUAUUAUGAGCUGUCCUCCCCUCAGCAGCCUCCACUGCCUUAAAGAUACCUAAAGUGCAGAGUAUCAAAAUCCUGAGACAUUUGUAAGUCAGAUGUCUUUAGGGUGGUGCAAUUGCAGAUAGAUCCUCAUGGCUCUAAAAUGUCAAUCUUGGUUCUAUCUGAAUUAGAUAUGUUCAGUUUUUACGAAAACUGUAGCUAUUUCACUAAGAUAGAGUAGGAACACAUUAUCAAAUACAUUAAGAAACGUAUUAUGAUCAUCAGACAAAUUACAAUCAUCACUGGACAACGAUGUGACAACAUCAUUUACUUUAAUAUUUCUGACAGUGUUGUUCUUUUCCUUGCAUGCCAUUAUUGCUGGCUAGAUCAGCUUCGACCAUACUUAGAGAGAUGGUAAAGACGUGUUCUGAUUGAUCCAUCUGUAUUUGUUCAGGCUUAUGGUUGGAUUGCAGAUAGAGCAUUAUAGCGCCAAGUUCAAAGGGGUUUAUGUAGAUAGAACUUUCCAGUUUAUUUAAAUUUUUCCCUUAAAAUGAACUUUUAAAAAAUCUAACUACACAGACCAUGAAGAACCAUCUAAAGAUCAAUUAGAUGUGAUGUGACCUACACAUUUUUCACAAAAAUGUCAGAUAGAACCAUAAAGUCUCAAGGCAUUCUUAGUUUCCAGGGUGCAGAAGAGCAGACAAUGUUACUCAGUUGAAGAGAGGAGUGACUGCUUAUUAAGGAGAAGAUGUGUAUCUCAGCUGUGAAUAUUACACCAGUUUAUCAUCUCCAUCUCUCUUCUGUUACAUUAAAUCCCCAAACGAUUACCCUGAAUAUGUGUUGCGGACAGAUGUCAUUGGACCAGGGGAUAUUGAUGAUAGAUUCAAAUGGAGAUUUGAUGCCCAUCUAA